AUGUUUUUUACUUUAGAUCCGUUCAUGAAAGAACAGAGUCAUCAGGGCACAAUUCCACACGGCCCGAUGCCAAUGGAAGACGCAAGCGGCCGCUACACGUCCAUGUUCUACUGGGGCAACAACUAUUGGACCGGUUCUGCCGAGCUUUGCCAGAUCUUGAAUGAACAACAUGCUCCACAUCACAAUAAUCGCAGUGGAGGCUCGCAAAUAUUUAGCGAAUGGCGCCAAGACGUGUCUAUGUCAGGUCUAGGCCCUCCUUUCGAUACAGCGUUCUACAAUGUACGAAUGAAAGUUACCACAGAUCUACACGAGAUUAUUAAAACUCGGCGCACAAUUCACCUCGGCCUAUGUUUUCCUCGCGCCUGCAGCCGUGAGCAGGUAGGCGCACUAGUGAAUGCGGUCCAGUCUCCACUCCUUCAUCACACGGUGCUCGCUGUUCGGUCGCCAGAACAUGGCGGCUACACAUACAUCGAGGAUCCGACCUUUCAAAUUUUGCUAGGUGUAUGCUGCUUAGUAGGAGCUCUACUUAUAUCCGCUACCAUUUACGAUGAGAUCCUCUCCCGUGAGGUUCGCGCGCGGAGACGUCGCGUCGAAAAUAUGUCUGUCGAAACAGGCGCACAUUUACACCCGCUUGAUGCCAUAACCGUCUCUAAAGGAAAAUCGAUGUACAACGUAAACAACAACAUAACGAUAAACAGUAAUAACUCCGAGGAACGUCUCACAGGAGAAACUGCGUCUACCGAUGAAGAACUUAAGCUCAGUGUUUGGUCAGAACUGCUGUUGUCAUUCUCCAUGAAGGCCAACAUUCUGCAAAUCUUCGACCAGUCAGUGGGUGCUGACACUGUACCUGUUGUCCAUGGUCUACGCUCGCUAUCCAUGGUCUGGGUUAUAUUUGGACACACCUGCAUUGUAGUUUUUAAGUAUGCAGACAACACGGCCCUCAGAGCUAUCCUUGAAAAAAGCUUCUGGUUCCAGCUCAUUAUUAGCGCGGUGUACAGCGUUGACACAUUCUUCUGUCUCGGUGGUAUGCUGGUCUCAUUCCUGUACUUCCGAACGAAUGCGAAGGGAAAAUUGGAAAGGCUAACUAAAGGUAGACGCAAGUUUACCGCUGGGGUACUUCAAUUCCUUGGACUCAUAGGAUACAGAUUCGCCAGAUUGACAGCUCCAUACCUAUUCAUGCUUGGUGUGGUAGAAGUUACAAUGAAGUGGUUCGCACACAAUGCUGUAUUUGACCCACCGGCGAUGGACCACGAAACUUGCCCAAAAUAUUGGUGGAGAAACCUUCUCUAUAUAAACACACUCUUUCCGGUUGACCAAAUGUGCAUGUUAUGGAGUUGGUACCUAUCCGACGAUACACAAUUCUACGCAGUCAGCGCUAUUUUACUUAUCUUAGCUACGAGCCAAUUCAAAUUAUCAUUGGUCCUGACGGGUGUUUUCUUCGUAUCAUCACUCUUUACGACCGGAUAUGUUUCUUGGACAAGUCAACACAUUCCCAAUAGUGAAGAUCCGUUUACACAGUUCGACAAAAUCUAUGACAAACCCUGGACAAGACUGGGACCUUACCUAGUGGGCAUGGCGACUGGUUGGAUCCUAUUUAAGACUAAUUUGAAGAUCAGGAUGAGUAGGAUAUGGGCAAUUGUAGGUUGGGUAGUAUGUACUGGAACCCUACUAUUCCUGAUCUUCGGCCUCUACCGGACUGAGUUGAGCGUGGGAAGUGCAGCAGUAUACAGCGCCUUAUCGCACUCUUUAUGGGCUGCCUGUAUAGGAUGGAUCAUUAUUGCCUGUUCCACUGGACACGGAGGAUGGGUGCGUCCGUUGCUGUCAGCGCCGGUACUGUACCCGUUUUCCCGCGUCACAUACUGCGCGUAUCUGGUACAUCCCGUUGUGCUACGAGUGGUUGCCAUGUAUCUCACACAUCCGAUACAUCUUGGAGAGAUGCUUGUUUUCGUUCUUUUCUUGGGUCUUACUGUGAUAUCCUAUUUCCUCGCGUUCGUGAUCUCCGUAGCCUUUGAAGCACCAAUCGUCACAAUGCUCAAAAUAGUUUCACCACAGAAGAAACCGCAUCGGGUUUAA